CAGCGUGUGCGCGGCCAUUGCUGCUGGGUGUCGCGACUGUGACUCACUAUGAGCGGAAGACACCGGCCCGUAGCCUCAUAGAAACCGGGGGAGACAGAGCAACAGCUUUGCAGAUAGUCCUUCCUUCCAUCUAUGAACUUUUUCAGCGGCCACGUGCAACAUUUUGAUGCCUGCCUCUGAGCCCCUCCCCCACAGCCACUAUGCCAGCAGCUACAGUGGACCACAGCCAGCGGAUCUGCGAAGUCUGGGCUUGCAACCUGGAUGAACAGAUGAAGAGAAUCCGUCAAGUUAUACGCAACUAUAAUUAUGUUGCAAUGGACACAGAGUUUCCAGGGGUAGUUGCGAGACCAAUAGGCGAGUUCAGGAGCAACGCUGACUAUCAGUACCAACUUCUACGCUGUAAUGUGGAUUUACUAAAGAUAAUUCAACUUGGGCUAACAUUUAUGAACGAAGAAGGAGAAUACCCACCAGGAACCUCAACGUGGCAAUUUAAUUUUAAAUUUAAUUUAACGGAAGACAUGUAUGCACAGGACUCCAUAGAACUGCUCACCUCAUCUGGCAUCCAGUUUAAGAAACAUGAGGACGAGGGCAUUGAAACGCACUGUUUUGCAGAGUUGUUUAUGACCUCUGGAGUGGUGCUUUGUGAAGGAGUAAAGUGGCUUUCUUUCCACAGUGGGUAUGACUUUGGCUAUCUAAUAAAGAUACUGACUAAUUCAAACUUGCCCGAGGUUGAGUUGGACUUCUUUGAAAUUCUUCGUCUGUUUUUCCCAGUAAUAUAUGAUGUCAAAUAUCUUAUGAAAAGCUGCAAAAAUUUAAAGGGUGGAUUGCAAGAAGUAGCUGAACAGCUGGAGUUGGAGCGGAUAGGACCACAGCAUCAAGCAGGCUCUGAUUCUUUACUGACAGGAAUGGCGUUCUUCAAGAUGAGAGAAAUGUUCUUUGAAGAUCACAUAGACGAUGCUAAAUAUUGUGGCCAUUUAUACGGCCUUGGAUCUGGGUCAUCCUAUGUUCAAAACGGCACAGGGAAUGCCUAUGAAGAGGAAGCCAACAAGCAGUCUUGAAGACCUAGAAAGGACAACUACUGUAGCACUUUUUUUAUUGUCAAGUUCAGUCAGUUACUACAUGUUUUAUCUCCAGUCAUAUUACUUGGGCAUCGACUCAUCCAAGUCUCAAACCAUUUUUUUGCCUUGCUGUACCAAUAUGGAAUCACUUAGCCCUGAAACAGAUUGGUGUCUUAUCUAUGGUAGAUCUCCUCUAUGCCAAGUAUCAAGCCCAACUUUUGCCUAUUUUGUCAUUUUAAAUAAUUGGGUCUUGAGAGAUAAUUAGUUUUGUAGCUCUGCAAAAGUAGUCACCAGCUCCAUUCCUCUUGAGACAACAAUUUGAUGCCACCUAUUUGUUGGCAUUGGUUUCAGAUAAUCAACUUUUUGUAUCUUGAUACCUUUCACUAUUUCUUUCUUUGGGCCUUAAAGAGCAAAGCCACACAUUGUUUGGAGGGCAAUUUGAUUCUUUUCAUGAUUAACUGCUAUAAGAUGUGUGUGUACAGUGCCACUAAGACAAUAGCACGUUCUAAACCUCUACACACUGACACAUAAAGAAUGUCUCCUGUGAGGAUGACCGCUGGGCUUUGGGUUGCUGACUACCUAAGGCAAAAAGUUAAACCCCAUCCAAUUUAUUAUUUUUUGCACCCUAAUGAAUUUACACCCGCAACUUUUUAUUCCUAUUUCAAUGUUUACUCAUUCAGUCACCCUUUUUUAUUUUUAUGAUAUUAUAUUUAUUAGGUGCUUGAUUUUUUUCUAUACUAGUUUGUUGAGAAAACAAGGCCUCAAGCAAAAAAAAAAAAAAAGUAUGCAAAAAUAAAAUACAAUACAAUCUUAAAGCUCAACAAAUCAAAAAUCUCUGCUGCAUUGGAUGAGAAAAUGGCAAAUACAACUUGCUUUUGUAUUUGCCACAGAAGUUAAAUUAUUUGUUGUAACAACAAAAAAGGAAGUUUAAGCUUAAGGACGGGCAUUUUCCAGCAUGUAAUAUAUCAUGAUGUGAUUCCAUCAAACGUCUCCCAUCCUUAAGGUAUUUGAACAAUAUUGUAGCUCUUGUUGAUGCGGUUACUUUUGACAUUAUAUAUUUUUAUAUUGUCAGUAAAGAUCCAGAAGUAUGGUUUUGUGGGUGUUAAUGGCUAAUAAGCUUUUCUCUGAAAAAUGAAAUGUGUGUAUUUUUAGUCAUACACCUCUGUAAAGUGUGAGGAAAUCUGUCAUUCUGACCUAUUUACCUUUAUACUUUGUAAUAUCAUGAUUUUCUUUUCUUCAGAUAAGUUACAAUGGUGUAACGGUGUGAUCCUUUUUAAUGCAUAAAAGACAAUGUUUGCAAACAAAGGAUAUUUGUUUUUAGAGCUUUUGUAAAUAAAGGCUUAAAAGGUU